AUGGAAAACCUCCCCGUAGAGAUUCUUUCCAAGAUUAUCGAUUAUCUCACACCGGUCGAGCAGGUCCAGCUUCAAGCUGUCUCGAAGCGGUUCUUUGCUCUAGCGCGUGAUAACACACGAUGGAGACUUCACUGUUACGAGGAAUCAUGGGCUGCGUCAGAAGCUGCCCGCCAGAGCCGGAGUACUUCAGAAAGCUUGCAUGCGAGGUCCACAGCGCCCCUGGGCUCAUUAGGGCAGACGUCGCUCCUCUCCUUGAUUCAACCACAGCAUAGCCUUUUGAAUGGGGGUUCAUCGAAUCAGACUGGCCAGAACGAAGCACAGAAUCCGUCAUUUGCUGAGCGAGCGAGAGCGGCGGCAGCGUGGGACCCCUCGUAUGAGGGAGAGGAUGUCGACUGGUACUCUGAAUAUAUCGCACGACAUGGACCCAUGUCGUUCAGUUGGUUGCAGCAACCAUUCACGAAGAAAAGUCAGGGGGUGAGGAAGAUUUACCGUGAGGUUAAGGGCAUGGGGCUGCUUCGGGAUUGGAGCUCGGCGAGACAGAACAAGGUGGUAGCUCCGCUUGACGAUGGGAGUGUCUGCAUCUGGGACCUGAAUCAUUCCCAUUCCAUCGAUUCACAAGCGACAAAAGGCAGAGUCCUUGGAGUCAGUGACCCGGGGAUCUUGAUGGCAGAUCUGUCUAAAAGACGGGAUCCUGCCUCGCGGUCAGCAUUAGAGUUUAUCAACCUGGGCCAGAGUGUCAGCGUUGACUCUAUACGUCGGAGGGCUUACAUGGCCGUCGGAAAUGCGUUGAAUGAAGUCGACCUUGAAACGCUUCAGGUGAUUUCGCAGCAGCGUUAUCCUUGGUCCAUCUUCGCCUUGUCUCAGGAAACAGACUACUCCGUUCCGCUCACGGUGGCCACCACCCUGAGUAUUCACAUACACGAUUCUCGAUUAUCAGCCUCCGAGGAAGAGGCGGCCAUCAAUCUACGCUGUGAAGAGCCAGUCACUGCGUUAGUGCCGGAUUCCCAAGUCUAUGCACGUCCGGAUUCCCCGCUUCUACAACUCCAGCCUGAUGGUCGGCCUCCCUACCGUAUACGUAGCCCUGAUCCCUCGCAAAAGGGGGCGGACUAUGCACCUCUCUUCCAGCCUGGCCCUUUAUCGCUCUUACACCCUCCCGCACCGCAUGUGAAUACGAUUCUUCUUGCAGGCCGCUUCCCGAGCAUACUGCAAUAUGACAGGCGGUUCUUCCCUCGGCUACAGAACACGGUACAUUCAGGUGGCCGUCUCUGCGGCCUUACUUCUAUGCCUGCUCCCCAUUUUCCUGUAUCAUCAGGCUCGACGUAUCCACAGUCACAUAAAGUGGUAGCCUGUGGUGAAUACAAGGGAAGAGGGUCACUCGAGCUUUAUGAUCUAACACCCUCAUCUCUCAGCAGCGGAGACAGUCCGUCGGAAAUGUCUUCGAGUAUGAAUUCUGUAUAUCAAAACCGUCAAAGUGCCGCGAGAUCGAAGGUCCUCUCUGUUGAGUCGCACGGGACUCGCGUCGUCUACUCGGACGCUGAGGGUAAUAUCAAGUGGGUCGAACGCGACGGUCGUGUCGACGUUCGCCGCUUCAAUCUCAACUCCUAUCUACAGCAGGCCGCAGGCCAGAAAAACCGACAAUCACGCUUCGGAGCUUCAGACGCAGUCGCCCUGGACGAGGAAGAAGAAGAGGAAGACGGCGCCUCCGGGCUCUGGCGAAGCGUUUUCCGAUCUCAGACUGACGGUGAAGUUGCUCGCAAGAUCUUGCCUACCGGUGGAAACUUGACAGGGGAUGAGCUCCUCGUCUGGACAGGAGAGCGAAUUGGCCGUGUUAUGCUCUCCACCUCUUCCGCUGACAAUCAGGGUGAAGAAGACGGCGAUGACGAGAUGUCUAUUGAUGGGGACCUGGACGACUCUGCUCGCGAAGAACUGCGAAGUAGAAGACGAGAGCAUCUGCGACAGGAACGGGAGUACGCUCGAAGGAUGCGCAGAGCGCUGGAAAGGCAGGCGGACGAAGUCCGGCGAAUGGGGGGAUUCGGACUGUGA